AUGGAAUGGUUAUCGGCCUUUGCAUACGGCCCGGCAUUUGUGUUCAGUGUGUGUAGAGCACUGUUCACCUAUAUGCUGGGUCUGGUCCGGUUCCUGGCCAUCCCUCUCCUCUACGUGGGCCAUGGCCUCCUCCACCUGGCUCUCCUCCCCUUGCGGGUCCUGGCCAAGUUCGAGGUCUUUCUCUCUUUUGUCACGGGCGCCUUGUUGACCGGGGCGACGAUUGGCUUGCUUGUCUAUUGGACGGGAGCCUCCCUAUCGCACGUCCUGCGCAUCUCCGAGGAUGAUUCCAGUCCGCCGCCAGACGACGUAGAGCCCCCAGAGCCGCCAUUCGACUACCUAGCCGAGUAUAAGGCCAUGGGGGAUCGCCAAUUGCUCUCGACGGCGAUCGUGGAAGAGGAAGAGACCAGCCAGGAUAAGUUCAUCGAUAUCAAAAUCAUGUCCUCUUCUCAUCAUCUCGCGCACUCGCCCCUGUCUAUCCUCGGCUACUUUCCCGGUGACGUGACCGAGAUCCCUGAAUUCGUGAUCAGGGCCGAAUCCGGCCACCCUACAUAG